AUGAGAUUGUCUACUUCUGGGUUUAAUCCUCAACCUCAUGAAGGUGAGAAAAGAGUUCUUAAUUCUGAGCUAUGGCAUGCUUGUGCUGGUCCUCUUGUCUCUUUACCUCCUGUUGGAAGCAGAGUUGUGUAUUUCCCUCAAGGUCACAGUGAACAGGUUGCUGCUUCGACUAACAAAGAAGUGGAUGCUCAUAUACCAAACUACCCUAGCUUGCAUCCUCAACUUAUCUGUCAACUUCACAAUGUCACAAUGCAUGCUGAUGUUGAAACUGAUGAAGUCUAUGCACAAAUGACUUUGCAACCGUUGAAUGCGCAAGAGCAAAAGGAUCCUUACCUUCCUGCGGAAUUAGGUGUUCCGAGUAGACAACCUACAAACUAUUUCUGUAAAACUCUGACUGCUAGUGAUACUAGCACUCAUGGAGGUUUCUCUGUACCUCGCCGAGCUGCUGAGAAAGUUUUCCCUCCUUUGGAUUACACUCAGCAGCCUCCAGCUCAAGAGUUGAUGGCGAGGGAUCUGCACGAUAACGAAUGGAAGUUCAGGCAUAUUUUCCGAGGCCAACCUAAGAGACACCUCCUUACUACUGGUUGGAGCGUAUUUGUUAGUGCUAAAAGGCUUGUCGCUGGUGACUCUGUUCUUUUCAUCUGGAACGAUAAGAAUCAGUUACUUCUUGGAAUAAGACGAGCCAACCGGCCACAAACUGUCAUGCCUUCAUCUGUUUUAUCAAGUGACAGUAUGCAUUUAGGCCUUCUUGCUGCGGCAGCUCAUGCAGCCGCUACAAACAGUCGCUUCACCAUCUUCUAUAACCCGAGGGCAAGUCCAUCAGAGUUCGUUAUACCUCUGGCUAAAUACGUGAAAGCGGUGUAUCACACUCGUGUCUCUGUUGGCAUGCGGUUUAGGAUGCUGUUUGAAACUGAAGAAUCAAGUGUUCGUCGGUACAUGGGUACAAUAACUGGCAUAUGUGAUCUAGAUCCUACUCGGUGGGCUAAUUCGCAUUGGCGGUCUGUCAAGGUGGGCUGGGACGAGUCUACUGCAGGAGAGAGGCAACCGAGGGUUUCCUUGUGGGAGAUUGAGCCUUUAACGACAUUCCCAAUGUACCCGUCUCCUUUUCCUCUCAGGCUUAAACGUCCUUGGCCUCCUGGUCUCCCAUCUUUCCAUGGUAUUAAGAAUUUUUAA